AUGCUCGUUGUUUUUGUGCUGGUAGGGCCGUCCUUCGUGCGCAACGUGGCGCUGCUCGACCCCCCGAAGCUGGCGCCGGGGGAGAGCGCGAGGCCGACCAAGGACCGCAAGAACCAGCAGACCCUCGCGCUGAUGAGGGACCGCAAGUUCGUGCAGGCGCUGCUGGCGAAGGAGGCCGAGACGCCAGAGCAGCGGGAGGCGCGGGAGAAGCGCCUGGACAACCACCGGUGGAUGAAGAUGCCAGCGCCGACCGAGGCGCCAGCGAGUUUUCAGGCGCCGCGCGCCGGGAUUCGCGUCGUCGUGAGGGGUACGUUCAUCGAAGUGGUCGAGGGGGAGGAGAACCAGCCCCCGGAGACGGCCGUGAAGAGGGCGUUGUCUGCGCCAGUCUUGUCGUUCAGGAGAGAGGAGGAGGCGGCCCAUUGCCUCGGCAGUCCCGCUGACCUGGCCCAGCAGAGCGUGGAGGUGGAGGACCAGGUGAGCCAGGAGCCGAAGACGACGGUGGCAAUCAGGAACAUCCCCCUCGACUUCACGCGUGACCAGCUCCAGCAACACCUCGACGCGGGAGGCUUCGCUGGCCAGUACGAUAUAUUGUUUUCUCUACCUGCCAAUCGACUUCGUGAAGUGCCGGAAUUUCGGUUACGCCUUUGUGAAUUCUUCAGGCUGAGUUCGGACAGCGCCCAACGCAUGCUUGCCGAGCUCGACGGCUGCAGCUGGGGCGCGCCCGGCGAGGAGCUGCUCGUCGUCAGCUGGAGCCUGACCCAGGGUCUGGACGAGCACGUCGAGCGCUAUCGCAACAGCCCGCUCAUGCACGAGAGCAUGCUGGACGACUGCAGGCCGAUCGUGCUGCAGGGCGGCGCGCGGGCGGAGUUCCCACCGCCCACCACGAGGGUGCACCGCCUCCGCCGCCUGCGCACCCGUUGCGGGUCGAGGGGGCGUGGCGUGUCCUCCAGUGGCUUCGCCUCCUCCAUGGUGCUCCACGGGCUGACCAGGGCGCCGAGUGCCUCGGACCAGCAGGCUGCCAUCCUCGCCAGCCCGCUUCUCGCGGGCCUGCGGCCCGCGAGCGCAGAGGCGUCUGGGGCGCUUCUUGGCCAGAGGCGCGAGCAGGUGCCCGGAGCGCGCGGCGGGUGCUCCACGGCCGUGGCGCCGGCCCGUGGGCAGAAGGCCGCCUGGGCGGACCUGCAGGACGACGACCUCGACGGCGGCUGCAGCGAGUGCUCCACGCGGGCGCCGAGCCACAGCGGCACCGCCUCGUCGGACGGGCACGGCGGCGGAGCGCCGCGGGACGGCCCGGCGGUGGGGCGGCGCGGCUCCAGCGGCGUGCCGCAGCCGUGGACUGGCUCGCUUCUCGCGCAGGGGCUGAUGCCGGCGCUGCUGGAGGAGCAGGGCGCGCAGUUCCCCUCUGGCUUCCCCGAGCUCGGCGCGCUCGUCGAGGUGGUCGGCACCUUCCCGUCGGGCGGGCAUGCGGUCGUCACCGCCGUCGACCGCGAGAAGGGUACCUGCAAGGUGCAGCUGAUGCAGGACGGUCGCCUGACCCGCCGUGUGAGGACGAUCAAGUGCAAGUACACCCGUCCUCUGCGCCGCGAAGAGAUGCGGCAGUAA